UCUUAUCUCUGUACAGCUAGGGUUUCUUUUAGUACUCUCUCUCUUCUCACAGUCACAGCCUGGACUCUCUCUCUCUCUCUCCUCUCUCUUCUCGAAUCCAGAGAGAGAAAGGAACAAAAUGCAGGUUACCCAAUACUCUCUAUAUCUCUUUACACACAUCUCUCUCGCCAUUUGAGCCUCAAAUCAAGCAAUGCCUGGAGUUUGAAGAUAUACAUACAAAACCCAUUUAACGCCAUUGUUGGAAACGAUAAAUAGUUCUGAAAGUCUUGUCUUGGCUUUGGUUUGGUUUCGAGCUGGAAUGGAGCCUCUAAGGCUUCCCAUUUUGGUUUUUCUGUCGCUUCUUCUUCUUCCUCUUGCUAAACCAGAUCUGGGUUCUGACCGAGGUGCUCUCCUGGCUCUUCGCUCGGCCGUGGGUGGCAGAACUCUUCUGUGGAAUGUGACCCUUCAGAGUCCUUGCUCGUGGGCUGGAGUCAAAUGCGAGAACAACCGAGUUGUGGUUCUCCGGCUUCCCGGAGUUGCUCUCUCCGGUGCUCUGCCCAAUGGGAUUUUCGGGAAUUUGACAGCUCUGAGAACUCUCAGUCUCCGACUCAACGCUCUCAAGGGUGCUCUCCCUUCAGAUCUCGCUUCCUGUGCAAAUCUCCGAAACCUUUACCUUCAAGGUAACUUUUUCUCUGGCGAAAUCCCCGAGUUUCUGCUUACUCUGCGUGACCUCGUUCGCCUCAACUUGGCUUCCAACAACUUCUCCGGCGAGAUCCCGGUGGGCUUCAACAGUCUGACCCGGUUGAGGACUUUGUACGUGGAGAACAACCAGUUUUCCGGGUCGAUUCCGGAGCUGAAGCUUCCCAACUUGGAGCAGUUCAAUGUCUCCAACAAUUUGCUAAACGGGUCGAUUCCGGCCAAGCUUCGGACCUUCAAGUCGGAUUCGUUUCUGGGAAACACUCUCUGCGGCGGUCCUCUUGGUCUCUGCCCUGGAGACAACGCUUCAUUACCGAACGGGCCCCAAGUCAACAUUGAUGGGAAUGGCCAUAAGAGAAAGUUGUCCGGUGGAGUCAUUGCCGGGAUCGUGAUCGGUUGCGUGGUGGCUGCGUUGGUGAUUCUCGUGCUCUUGAUCUUCCUGUGCCGUAAGAGUAGCCAGAAGAGGAGCUCCGUCGACGUGGCAGCAUUGAAGCAUGCGGAGUCCGAGAUUCCGCGCGAUAAACCGCCGUCUGCCGAUGCUGAAAAUGGCGGUUACAACAACGGUUACUCGGUGGCUGCCGCAGCAGCAGCUGCAAUGACGCCUGCUAAUGGCAACAAGAGUGAACCCAACAACAGCAACACCGCUUCUGGGGCUAAGAAGUUGGUGUUCUUCGGUAAUGCGGCGAGAGUGUUUGAUUUGGAGGAUCUGUUGAGAGCUUCGGCGGAGGUUUUGGGCAAAGGUACAUUUGGUACGGCUUACAAGGCUGUGUUAGAGGCUGGAACAGUGGUGGCUGUGAAGAGGCUUAAGGAUGUGACCAUAACAGAUAAGGAGUUUAGAGAAAAGAUUGAGUCUGUUGGAGCUAUGGAUCAUGAGAAUUUGGUACCUCUUAGAGCUUACUAUUACAGCAGAGAUGAAAAGCUUCUUGUCUAUGAUUACAUGCCAAUGGGAAGCUUAUCUGCACUUUUGCAUGGAAACAAAGGAGCAGGAAGAACUCCAUUGAAUUGGGAAAUCCGAUCAGGCAUUGCCCUCGGCGCUGCUCGAGGCAUCCAAUACUUGCACUCACAAGGCCCUAAUGUCUCCCAUGGAAACAUCAAGUCCUCAAACAUCCUCCUCACCAAAUCCUACAAUGGCAGAGUCUCGGAUUUCGGCCUAGCACACCUUGUUGGCCCUUCCUCCACACCAAACCGCGUUGCUGGCUACCGAGCACCCGAGGUCACAGACCCGAAAAAGGUGUCCCAAAAGGCUGAUGUCUACAGCUUUGGUGUCCUGCUCUUGGAGAUCUUAACAGGGAAGCCUCCAACUCAUGCCUUGUUGAAUGAGGAAGGAGUUGACCUCCCUAGAUGGGUUCAAUCCAUAGUGAAAGAAGAGUGGACUGCCGAGGUUUUCGAUAUCGAGCUCCUUAGGUACCAAAACGUUGAGGAAGAGAUGGUUCAACUCUUGCAGCUUGCUAUAGAUUGUGCAGAGCAAUAUCCUGAUAGACGCCCCACAAUGUCUGAAGUGACAAGUCGUAUUGAGGAUCUAUGUCGUUCGACCAUAAAAGAUGAACCUCAGCCUGAUCUUGUCAAAGAAGCAUCUGAUAUGUCCUAUCGGUAAAAGCACAAAUGGGGGGGCCAUGGCCAUGGCCAAGGCCAAGCCAAGCCAGAAACCAACAACAAAACCAUCUUCUUUUUUCUCUUUCCCCAUUGUAUGGCUUUUGUAGAAUUACGACAAACUUUGCUUUGUUAUAGCCAUAUAUUUGCGUGUUAUUUUUCAGCUGUAUGUUUAAUCUUGGGCAUAAAAUCUUUUUUUCUUCUUCUAUUUUUUGUUAAUUAGGAGCCAAAACUCUAAAUAUUUUUUUCUUCUUUUUAAAAAAAAAAUUCCCAUUGUAAUGUUUUUUUUUUUAAUUUUCUAUCUUUGUUAUAAAUAUACAUUGGGGUGGAUAUCUGUUCCAUUUGAUCUUGUUGUUGGUUGUGGAUGAUAAUGGUGGUUGCUCUGUAAUUAUUUACUUUUGAGUUCUUUGCUUUUU